AUGGCUGACGUCCAAGUCCUCAAAGCCGAGCUGGCAAAAACCCACAGACUAGGAAAUUUCAUCAAAGCUUGGAAUCCGCAAGUAUUGGGCGUCAACGAUGCCAAUCCUCGUACCCUCACCGAUGGAAUCCUUAUCUCGGACAUGGAUGUUGCCAUCCCAAUCAGAGACGGAACCAUUUUGCGUGGCAAUAUCUAUCGACCUCGCCUCACUGAAGGGCAAAAGCUUCCCGUCAUAUUCAACUAUAGCGUGUACAGCAAAGAUGGCGCUACCGACACUGCAGUUUUUCCACCUAGCGCAGGCUUAGACAAAGCCCGAAUUACCAAAGAGUAUCAAUUCGAAGCAGCGGAUCCUGGCUGGUGGUGUCCUCGCGGGUACAUUGUUGCCAGCAUAGAUGCCAGAGGUUCCUUUCAGUCUGACGGCGACAAGAGUUACUAUUCUCGAGAUGUGGGAAUCGAUGGUCAUGAUGUUGUCGAAUGGCUUGCAAAACAACCUUGGUCAACUGGCAAGAUUGCCAUGUAUGGAGCCAGUGGCUAUGCAAUGGUUCAAUGGCUCGUGGCAGCUGAGCAACCUCCAUCUCUUGCUGCCAUUGUCCCAAUCGACGGUAUGACUGACCUUUAUCGUGAAAUGGCCUUCAAGGGCGGAAUUCCCGAAACCCAGUUCAGUGCUGUGUAUCCGAACUUUUUCAACUGGGGAAGUAAUCUGGUCGAGGACACAAAAGACGGGCCCAAGACGCACCCAUACUUCGAUGAGUACUGGCAGAGCAAAGUCCCAGCACUCAGUCAGAUAAAUGCUCCAGCCUACAUUAUUUGUGGAUGGGGCGAUCACGCCCUACACACUCGAGGAACACUUAACGCUUGGGACAAGAUUGCCUCUCAAGACAAGUACCUCGAGGUUCAUCAAUAUCAAAAAUGGGAGUGGUCGGUCACUGAAGAGUCAUUGAACCGUCAGAAGGCUUUCCUCGACCAUUAUCUGUUGGGAUUGCCGACGGAAAUUCAGUACUGGCCCAAAGUCCGUUGGACCAUGAGGGAGCGCUAUUAUAUCGGAGAAUGGCGAUACAGUGAAACCUUUCCCAUCCCGGAGACCCAGUACACGCAGUACUUCCCGACUCCCAGCCUUGGCUUGAGCAAGGUUGCUCAACCAUCUGAGAACCUUGUCUCAUACGACGCACGCGGGGGUGAAGUCGCCUUCGAGCUUCCUCUCCGAGACUCUUUCGAAUUUGCAGGCCAUGCCAAGCUUAAACUCUGGGUGGAAGUUACAGAUGGUGGCGAUAACCUGGAUCUAUUCGUCACCUUGCGGAAAAAGGACCGAAAUGGAAACGAAGUAUACUUCCCAUGGAUCACUGUCGUGGACAACGGGCCUAUUGGUUUCGGCUGGCUUCGAGCUUCUCGGCGCGAGCUGGACAAUGAAGCCUCUACUCCCUGGAAGCCGAUUCAUCUCCACCGGCGAGAUCUGGAACCUUUGAAAGCCGGAGAUGUGGUGCCUGUUGAGAUUGAGAUACAGCCCACUAGCUGUAGGUUCCGAGCCGGGGAGCGACUUACCCUUGUGGUCUCUGGACACGACUACGGCAAGUACCCUCAGGGAAUACCCGUCGCUCGCCACGAGGCGACUGUCAACAAAGGACGUCAUGUCAUUCAUUUUGGCGGAAAUCACGACUCCCAUCUCCUACUACCGGUCAUCCCACCUGUCAGGGAAGCGUAUAACCAAAACAGACCCCCUGUCAAGAUGACUGUUGCUGCCAGGAGGAUCCCCGGUUGGUCCGCCGAGAAGUUUCUCAAGGAAUACACUGGCGUCCACGCUGAAAUGACGAAACAUAUCUCCAACGUGGUUCCCAUUCUGCGAAAUUAUACUCAGGCUGUCGCAAUGCCUCAGGUCCGGAUACAAGGUAUUCCAAACGGAGGCCUGGAUUCUUGGGAUGCCGUGACAACACUGGGAUGGGCAUCGUUGAACGGCCUUUGGGGAUCCUUUCAGGCUCCUGAAUACAAAGCUUCUGCUGGUCAACACGUUUUCGCGGACACUACAUCGCAGACCGGCAUUCUCAGCCAAUCGUUUGCAGAAAUCAUGUUUGACCCGAUCCUCUUUGAGAAGCGUGGCACCAAAGCAGCAAUGCUGUUUGUCUUCCUAGCAAAGUGCCAAGGCGCAACCACCACCGCGGAUGACCUCUCUGGCCGUGCGGCGUCCAUCGCGAAGGUAGGGGCUGGCACGGCUUUGAUGAGAUAUAUUCUCAAUCGACAGGUUACCCCUGAGGAUCCUGCCAGCUUCUUCGCCGGAACGCCUUUUGCUACUUCCGACUGGUCUACGAUGGCUGCUUUUGAGCAAUAUUGGUUUCCGGAUCGAGACGCCGCGGUUGGUUUCCUAAGCGAUGAAAACAAGCUGAAGGCACUUUUUAAGAUAUUGCCAGGAUCCUUUGAUGUGCAGAAGUCGUUCGCGGUGAUUGGAGCUGAGAACGUUGUGGUGGAGAAAGAUCUUGAGUUCUAG